GCAGCACAAAGAGACGGAGCCAUCAGAAGACGUUUCAAAGUUAAACAGAUUUUCUUCUUUCUGUUCCUGUUCUGAGCUUCGAAUCUCAGCGGCUGAAAUAAAACAAAGUCCAGCAGGAAACAAACUAAAGGAAGGAGAAGCAAUGAGGUCGACUCUACAGUUCAUUCUGACGCUGAGUUUUCUGUUUUUUCUGGAAGCAGCAAUUAUAAAGUUUAAAGGAGAAAAUGUCACCUUCCAUCCAAACAUCACUGGAUUUCAGAUUCAUUCCUAUUCCUGGACCUUUACGCAAAAUAAUGAAACAGAGAAAAUAAUCCAAGUGACUGUAGAGGAAAAAAAAAUUCACAGAACCAGAUUUAAAGGCCGCCUGAAUACGGACGUAAAAACUGGAUCAAUCACAAUUUUUAACCUCACUCUUUCUGACGGAGGAACAUUUCAGGGUUUGUUUUCCAAUGAUGGGGGACAAAUGUCACCGUACAUCAUCAAACUGGAUGUCAAAGACAGGGAUGAAUUUAUUGAACUGGGUUUUCUGGUUGGCUCCAAUGUUACUCUGAGAUCCAAACUGGAAAAACUGGAGAAGGAUCAUCUUAUCUCCUGGUUGUUCGGCCUACCAUUUCCUGAAAGAGAAAUCGGCAACAAUAAAAAAUGCCCCAGCAAACAUGGAGAUAUUUUUGAUAAAGUGUUUCUUAAUCUGACAAAUGGAGACCUGACAAUCCCUCAGAUCACAAAAAACUUUCAUGGAAAAUACUACUGUAAGUUUUGGAAGCAUGGACUUCCAUGCCAUUUGAGAAAGUUUGAUGUCACAGUGUACGAUCAGGUCUCUGUUCCCAACAUCACCAAGUCGGCGGCUCCACCAGCCAACGGUGUCUGCAGUGUAACUUGUUCAGUGGAGAACGGGCCUGAAGUGAACCUGACCUGGGUCAGAGGAAACGUCAGCAUCAGCCACAGCAGCAACCAGAACGCCUCCACCCUCAAGCUGCUGCACAUCCGGGCGGAGGAUUCCUCCACCUACAGCUGUGAGGCACAAAACCCCGUCAGUCUGCAGAGAAAAACUCUGGACUCUCAGCGGCUGACAUGUCCUAACGCAGGAACGGCUAAGCUUUGGGUCGGACCGGUGAUUACUGUUACCAUUCUGCUCAUUGUUGGGGCAGGUCUGUUCAUUUAUCGCAAAAUAUGGAAAAGAGGUCGUCAAAGAUCGACCGAGACAUCGCCUCAGAACUGCAGCUCCUCUCUGACAAGUGAAGAAUUUCUGCUGCAAAACUGCCAAAGACCAAAUUAUGAGACAGUAAAGUGACGUAGUUCACUGACCUGCUCCACCCAAAGGGACUGAUGGAGAACAUGACCGCAGACAGGAACUGAAGAUAAAUAACAUCAUUUUAUUUUAAAUCCCUUACAUGUUUGAUUUCAAUGUUGUAAUGUUUGUCCUGUAUAAUAAACAAAUAUAUUAUGAAGUGAAUCUGAGUGUCAUCUG